UCUGUUCCACUUAUUUUGAAGCCUAAUUUUCUAAAGUUAUAAUAUUUAUUGGAAUUGACAUAUUCAAUGUCGGCAAUAAAGUCUCUAAAUCCGAAAGCAGAAGUAGCUCGUUCAACACAGGCUCUUGCAAUCAAUAUUAGUGCUGCAAAAGGUCUACAAGAUGUUCUGAGGACAAACUUGGGGCCUAAAGGCACGAUGAAAAUGCUUGUAUCUGGGUCUGGAGACAUAAAACUAACAAAAGAUGGAAAUGUUUUAUUGAAUGAAAUGCAGAUUCAACAUCCUACAGCCAGUUUAAUAGCUAAAGUUGCUACGGCACAGGAUGAUAUUACUGGUGAUGGUACAACUUCCAAUGUUCUCAUAAUCGGUGAAUUACUUAAACAGGCAGACUUAUAUGUACAGGAGGGUGUCCAUCCAAGAAUAAUUACGGAGGGCUUUGAGCUCGCAAAAGUUAAGGCUGAAGAAGUUUUAGAUUCAAUGAGAGUAUUUAAGGAAAUGAAUAGAGAUGAACUAUUAAAUGUUGCCAGAACUUCACUUGCUACAAAAGUUCACCAGAAACUUGCUGAAAAACUUACAGAGGUUGUCGUUGAUGCAGUUUUAGCAGUAAAAAAAGAAAAUGAAGCAAUCAAUCUUCAUAUGGUUGAGAUUAUGGAAAUGCAACACAGAGUAGAUUCUGAUACAAAACUUGUGCAAGGUUUGGUGAUGGAUCAUGGUGCUCGGCAUCCAGAUAUGAAGAAACGUGUAGAAAAUGCUUAUAUCCUCACAUGUAAUGUUUCCAUGGAAUAUGAAAAAAGUGAAGUUAAUUCAGGAUUUUUCUACAAAUCAGCAGAAGAAAGGGAGAAACUCGUAGCUGCAGAACGAAAAUUUACAGACGAUAAAGUAGCAAAAAUUGUUGAAUUAAAAAAACAGGUGGCGAAAAGCAGUGGUGAUGGUGAAAUUGGAUUUGUUGUUGUAAACCAGAAGGGUAUUGAUCCAAUGUCUCUUGAUAUGCUGGCGAAGAAUGGCAUUGUUGCAUUGAGAAGAGCUAAGAGAAGAAAUAUGGAACGACUUGUCUUAGCUUGUGGGGGAAUUGCGAUGAAUUCUGUAGAUGAUUUAACACCAGAAUGCCUCGGUAAAGCUGGUCUUGUGUAUGAGCAUGUUCUGGGUGAAAGCAAAUAUACAUUUGUUGAAAAAUGCGCCAAUCCGCAAAGUGUUACUAUACUCGUUCGAGGACCUAACAGUCACACAAUAACACAAAUCAAAGAUGCUGUGAGAGAUGGUUUAAGAGCUGUGAAGAAUGCUAUAGAUGAUGGCUGUUUCGUUGCGGGUGCAGGUGCGUUUGAGAUAGCGGCCCAUGCAGCACUUAUGAAGUUCAAACCUACUGUGAAAGGAAGAGCCCAACUUGGAGUUCAAGCUUUUGCUGAUGCUCUCCUCGUUAUCCCGAAAGUUUUGGCUCAGAACUCAGGAUUGGAUCCUCAAGAAACCAUUGUAAAAUUGCAACAUGAAUUGAACUCGAAUGGUGGGACUGUAGCUGUGGGAAUAGAUCUUCAAACCGGAGAGGUUUUAGCGCCUAUUGAUGCUGGAAUCGUUGACAACUACAACGUCAUGAAGCAAUUACUCAAUUCCUGUCAAGUUAUUGCGUCUAAUCUACUCUUGGUAGAUGAAAUGAUGAGAGCUGGAAUGGCAACAUUGAAAGGAAAUGCUUGAUGAUACUCUCUAUCUUCCAAUGGCCUGUCUUCAAAUAUCGUUUGGUUAUUGUCGCCGAGAUGCAUACACAUCGAUCGGAUUAAAUUGAUUUCUCUCCCAUACACGUUUCCAUAUUUUACAGUAAAAGUGAAUAAAAGUAUUUGCAUGUCAGUGUGUACACGG